CCUUCCCAUCACAAUUCCUCCCCGUCCCCCUCGCCGAUCGCUUCUCCAUGGUCACAUGCAUCUCUUCGACCUCUCUUCCGACUGCGAUCCGAUACGCCACCACAACCCUCGAUCUCUUCAUCGAUGCCAUCCGCCUCCGACCAAGAACUCGAUCCUCCCUCCGCGGCCACAGCACGAACUGCAAUACCGGACACGCCGCCCCCACCGCCGACGCCGCCGACGGCGAGGUCCCUUCUUCCGAUCUCCUUUCCCGCUUUUCCGGUAUCAUGAAACUUUUCCCCAAUCGAAGCCGUGCCUUCUUCCCCGAACCCGGCGCCAAGCCUUUCGAAUCCGAUCCCUUCCACUACAACGUCCUCAUGAAGGCCUUCAGCCGUGCUGGGAGGCCUGAUGAGGUCCUCCGUCUCUUCCGCGAGAUGAAGGAAUCCAAAUGCGAUCCGAAUGUUCUCUGUUACACCACCGUCAUCGAUGCGCUUGUCGCCUCGAACCGGUCGGAGGAAGCAGAGAAGGUGUUCGAGGAAAUGAUCGACUCAGGUGUUACUCCAGAUGCUGCGUCCUUCACGGUUCUGGUGAAAUUCUAUUCCUUUUACCUCAGAAAGUUUGACUCGGCCUGUGAGAUCAUUAGAUGGAUGGUGCGGAGUGGCUGCGAUCCUGAUGUUGUCACCUACUCGACGCUGAUUGCGGGGCUGUGCCGGGCCGGAAUGGUCGAGGAGGCAUGGGGUGUAUUGGAUCAGAUGCUCCAGGGGAAUUGCUCACCUAAUGCCCAUUCCUACGCUCCCUUCCUUCAGGCAUACUGCUCCCAAGGGAAGAUUGAAGCAGCAAUUAGGCUGAUGGAAUCGAUGCGGAGCAUUGGGUGCCCGCCGGAUUCCGUUGCUUAUAAUAUACUUAUCAAUGGGUUUUGCAAGCAUGGGUAUUUCAAUGAGGUUGCAUAUCUUUUAGAAAACUGUGUUUCUGAUGGUUGGGAGCCUGAUGCAGUUACAUAUAACACCUACAUCAGUGGACUUUGUAAGGUGGGCAAGGCAGAAGAUGCUUUCAAGCAGUUAGAGAUGAUGCUUCAGAAGAAGUUGUGCCCUACUGUCGUGACAUUGAACAUUGUACUUGAUAGCAUCUGUCGAGAGUCAACAGUAUGGGAGGGUAACCACCACUUGGAGAGGAGCUUGGAGUUGGGAUUAGAGGUUGAUGUUGUCAGCUACAAUACCAUAAUAAGUAGGCUUUGUGAGAUUGGAAAACUGUCUUGGGUCUUGAAGCUUGUCACUGAUAUGAUAAAAAAGGGCAUAAGUCCAAGCACGGAAACUUUUAACAUCAUGAUUCGUAGCCUAUGUAAAGCAGGAAAAUUUCGGAAGGCAAAGUGCAUCUUUACCAGUAAAGGGUUUGUUGCUGAUACCAUUACAUGCAACAUUCUGAUCCAUGAGUUCUAUAUGGCAGGGAAAAUUGUUGAGCUUCAUAAUCUUUUAUCUGGAGUAGAUAUGGAUAAGAUUAGACCAGAUUCAAUCACCUACAAUACCAUUAUAGACUGCCUUUGUAAGAAAGGAAAAUUUUUGGAGGCCAUCGAUUAUCUUAGAUCUGUUGAAGAUGGGUUUCCAUCAGAGGCAGUUGCACAUCUGGCUUAUUGGUUGGUCAGGGGCAGAAAAAUUGGAAUGGUUCUUGUCAAAGCAGAGAGAUAUACAAGGUCUGUCUUGUUCUAGACAAAAUGCUUGGUAUUGUAUAACUUGCAGUUUGCAGUUGACUCGAUUAAGAUGGUCUUCCUUUGAUGAGGAAUGGAGCAGUGCCACAAUGCAACUUUUGGUUCAUCACCAAGGAUCCAUGGUGCUUGGUUUGAAUGCUUGGGCUGUGCAAGAUCUGCUCAUGCCCUGAAGUGGCAAAUGACAGAGGCAACAAUGACUCGGGCAUUUGUUCAAAUCCAGAUGCAUGAUGCGAUUGGUAACACGGAUGAUGAUCAUGCAUAGUUGAGCAUCCUAUGGUGGUUUUGUAGGUUGUUGAAUGAAAGGGCAUGGAGCACCAGCAAAGGAUCAAGAGCGGUCAAUACUUAAGACGUUGGGCAUGUUUCUCCUUUACAUGCCCGCUAGUUUACAGUUUAUCCUCUGCAACAAAGAAUCAACUUCGCCAAUCAAUUGUAGAUUGAAUGAGUGUGGAUUGUCUCUUGACUUUUUCUGCAAAAUGACUGAAUUCUUUCUCUUACACAUUGGUUGAACUUCGACUGGAUAUAGUGUAGUAACAUCAUAUUCGUCUUGCAA